AUCCUUCACAAUUAUUGAGUACAAAAAGCUAGAGGUGGACAAAUGGGUACAAAAACCACUAGAUAAGCCCGAUAAUACAUGUUCGAAGCAGGUUAGGGUCGAGUCCUAAUUUUAAAAAACUCAAAUGGGACAGGUGGGUCCUAAAAGUUAGGAACCAUACGAGUAUUAAAAUAUAUUUGAAAUAUUAAUACCGUUUUAAAAUGUUUUUUUAUAAAAGUUUAUUAUAUUUAAUACUCUGACAUUUUUUUUGAAGAAAAGAAAGUUUUACGAUAAUAUUAAUGAAGAAGUUAAACGAGAUUUGUAAUGAGAUAAUGGGAUACUUAGGACAAUUCCGGUUUUUCUUCCUAGUGAGAGCUUAGUGUUAGUAGUUUCGCCGUCUUGGUGCGGCGCGAUUCUUCGACGCGGAGUUGCGUCGCUUGGCUUCGAAUGGAUAGCAGGGGCAGCGAAAUGAUGGAGGACGAGGUAGGAGAGGAAAGCACGGAUGAUCGAGCCCAGGUGGAUAAUCUCGUUAACAAAUACGGAGGGCUGGGAAUUGAAGGAAUCGAGGAUGAAUUGCUGAUUGAAGACGAUGAGGAGGGGGGGAAGCGACGAUCGGGGCAGUGAAGACGGGGGAAUUUCCGAUUGUUGGGACGAUUCUCACGGACAAAACCAUUAGAUUUCCGUUCUUCAGGGAUUUCAUGGCUGAUUUAUGGUGUCCGGGCAAAGGAAUCUCAAUACAAGAGAUUGGCGAACAGAGGUAUCUAUUUAAAUUUUUCCACUUUGUUGAUAUGAAUCGUGUUCUGGAUAAUGGACCCUGGCUUUUUGACUAGAAUUUGAUUGUGUUAAAAGCGAUUAAACCGGGGGAUAUCCCACUUAAGGUGUCGCUAGAUGAGUUUGAGAUCUGGGUACAAGUUCAUAAUGUGUCGUAUAUUUUUGAAAAUCUGGGAACGGCGAGAAGGAUUGGUAAUCAUCUGGGUCACUUGGGAUGAUAAACAAUUUGAUAAGAAGAGGGAAUCUUAUAUGCGUGUGAGAGUCUGCAUGAACGUGAGUAAAGCUUUAAAGGUUGGGAGUUUGGGACCACUCUAAAAAAGAGUAAGGGAGAAGGGUACUGGAUAGAUUUUAAAUAUGAGAAGCUCCCAAGCUUCUGUUUUUGUUGUGGAGUUAUUGGACAUGCUGAGAAAUGCUAUCCUCUUCUGUACAAAAAGGAGGGGCAAGCUUUGACUAGACCAUUUGGGCUGUGGCUAAGAGCGAGUGGACGGAAAUCGAAGCCUAACAUGGGUAGCAAAUAGUUGAUUUCGGAGGGAAGUUCAUCAGGAGGUGGCAAGAACACAACACGUAUGGUGAGGGUAAUGCAGGACAUGGACCCGGAUGAGGCAGGAGAGAGCACUCAAGCUGGAAUGGGGAAUGCCAUGAUUUCAGGUGAGACACAAGAGACAGAGGGGCCGGGAGAGCUGAAGAGAAGACGCACUUGGGAGGAGCAGGCCAGGGAGGAAGCUGCUAAGAAUGCUAUGGUGCUGAACUCCCCAAAAAACGGGGUUGGGGCGGGCACUGGGCUCCAGCCCCGCCAGAUGAUUUGAUGUUGGUUUCGGCUUUACUAGCUGAAAAACUUAUUCACUCUUUCUGUUUUGCUUUGUUUAUUUCCCACGUUUUGGAUGCUUUUUUUGUUUUGUUUUGGUUGUGCUGGGUUUUUCCAACAAAAAAAACUUGUGAAACUAAGACACAGGAUGAGGAGUCGUGUCUGCAAGUCAUAGGCUCAGGUAAGCCCAAAGCAGGAUCAGAGAAUUAUAUGGCUUCUACGGAGGUGAUUAAUUCAAAGUUUGGUCCUUGGGCCGACGGUAGACGGGAGACUUGUUGUCACUUUGUAACCUGUUUUGGUUUGGUCCAUUUGGUUAUGAUUAAUUAGGUCAGUUUCGUUCAAAA